GAUCUUUUUGAUUCUAUACCUAUUACUAAUAAUAUUACUUCAGAAUAUAUAGAAUAUGAAGUUUUUAACUUAUCUAAUAAUGUGAUUAAUAAAAAAGCUUUAUCUUUAGAAAUGUCAGCUCAAGAUUAA